UCUAUCCGACUCUUAUUAGGAGAUAAAAUCCUAAACAACAGUAUAAGUAAGGCGUCAUUCACAAUCUUUCCAUUCAUCACAGUCUUUCCUUGUUCAUCACAGAGUGUUGGAGAAGAUUCAUUCACCAUUCUUUCCUAGUCUCCUUCUUGCUUCGUCAAUACAUCGAAGAUGCUUUUCAAAACCUACGAUACUCACCACCAACCCAAAACCCUCAAAACCCAGUUUACCAAUUCUGCCAUGAAGGUUGAAAACCAUAUAUCUGCCCAGGAUCUCAAACCCAUCACUCCCACCAUGGAGACCUAUGUUGUCGCCUGGAUUGACCCAAACAGAAAGGGGUUUUCCAGGAUAGAUACCAAAGGAGGCGUUUUUCCAACCUGGAAUGACAAGGUUGUUUUCAUGGUCGACGAAGAGAGGCUGCUGCAUGACUACUCUUGCUCCACGUUGGUGUUUGAAAUUUACGCUGUUGGACGUUUUGGGGACAAGUUGGUUGGUACAGCAACCGUUUUGCUUGAAAACUUUAUCAACCGCAGCAGUCACCGUGACGGCAUGAAGGGUUCGUUUAGGGCGAUUCAAGUGCGACGACCGUCAGGUACACCACAGGGGAUUUUAAAUAUCGGGGUUACGGUCUUGGAUCCAUUCUCUUAUAAUUUGUUGCUUGGAGCUCUAAACAAGAGAUCGCCCCUAGACUAUGAUUAUGAUGAUUAUGAUGCUCCCGCUGGUACCAGGAUGAAAGGUUCUACUAUAGGAAAGAUUGUUAGUAUAAAGGAAAGAUGUAUCAAGAAACUGAUCAAAAAGAAAUUUUACUGAUCCAUGGAUUCCUAGUCUACUGAUUGUAAGUUCAUCGAAAAUAAGUCAUAGACUCCGUGGAGAAGCCAAUUUGUGGUCGUAUAAAAUCGCUAGAUGGGCGGCUGACAUUGCUUGGACUGACCAAUGGAGUUCCCCAGCAAUCUCUGCAUCUUUUCAAUUCCUGGCGGAAGAACAUACUGCUUCAAA